AUGGAGAACAGAGUUUUACAAUGCUAUAAAUUGCACUGUGAACCAGUAAAGGCAAUAUUCCAGGAUGAAUAUCUUUAUAUUUGUUAUUUAUGUAAGACACUAAUUGAGAAAGCUGAGAUAUUCAUACAAACUGUCCUGAAUAAUCAAAUUCUGUUAGAAAAUAUUCGCAAUAUUUCAGAUAAAGCCAUAGAAAAUCAAGUACACCCAAUACAUAACCUGAGUAUAGUGCCAUUGGAUGCGAUAGAAAUAUCCGGAAAUGAAAAACAGAUUGCAGAAUCUAUUUCCAUAUAUAAGCAAGGCGUAUAUAGAGACUGCAGUGUCAAGGAAGAACUUAAAUUCGAAGAUGAUGACCUUCCAGACAAUGGUGGAAAUGAUUUUACCAAUGAUAUUGAUUUCAAUAAUGACGUAAAAGAAGAGGAUUGCAAUUUAAAGAGCCUGAAAACUGAAUUGGAUGCUGAAAACUUUGACACAUUAAAGCGGGACAUCAAGAAGACCAAAGUGAGAAAGAAAAGUGGCAAAACAAGGAAAUCCGGCGCAUUCAAAAUAGAGUUGUUCCACAUAACGCGCGCGCAAUGCAUGGACGAGCUGGCUAGGAAGGCCACAGAGAAGGUGUACCUCAGCGCUCCGUACAAAUGCGAGCUCUGCGUGAAAGGUUUCACGUUCAAACCGACAUACGACAAACACAUGGAGUUGCACAGUAAGGAGAUGGGCGACUACGAAUGCGACGUCUGCAAGCAGAGGAUGGACUCCAAGGAGCGGCUCACCAGCCACAGGAGGUACCACGAGGUUCGUUACAAAUGCCUGGAUUGCGGCCUCGUCCGGAUAAACAAGUGCACCAUACUGGACCACUACACCGCCCACCACGCCUCCGGCGCCGAGUUCAUGUGCCGCCUCUGCCACAAGAGCUUCAAGAGACGUCUAUCGCUGAGGAAACACAUGUCGUACAUGCAUAACAACAGGGGGAGGGUGAUAUGCGCGUAUUGCGUCAAAACUUACGCGAACAAGGAGGUUCUUAAAUCGCACAUGAUGACCAAACACCCUAAGGAGGUGUCCGCCGUGGAGUCGAAGCUGAAAUGGAUCUGCCAGGAUUGCGGCAAAGGAUUCAAGGCUCCCUCUCAGCUGAAACUGCACAGCGCGAAGCAUUCCUUAGAGAGGGGCUUCUACUGCGUCGAGUGCGAUAAGAGUUUUAAGACUGAGAGCGGUCUAAAGCAGCAUUUAAAAAUAGCAAUGCCACACGUCAAUUAUAAGGAUCUGCCCUUGCCUUGUUCCCAUUGCGAGAAGAGGUUCGCGAUCAGACGGGACCUAGAGCGCCACGUCAACCGGAUGCACCUCAACAUCAAGCCAUUCAACUGCGACAAAUGCGACAAGGCGUAUUUGAACAACUGGACCCUCAAACAGCACAAGCGCGCCGCACACGAGGGGUACAAACGCCCCCUCAGCUUCCCCUGCCCGAUGUGCGAUAAAGUCUUCGACCGCAAGUGCACCCUGAAGGGCCACAUUCGCACGCACACCGGCGAAAGGCCGUACCAGUGCAACAAGUGCCCCGCCAAGUUCAACCAGUCGGGCAUCCUCAGCACCCACAUGAAGCUCAUACACCUGAAGCUCACGAGGGACGGCAGGCCGAAGCCGAGCCUCAAA